AUGGAGUUUGAAUUCCAUAUGAGGGAGCUAGACAACUUGGAUAAGCGCAUAAGACCGUACCUGGAAAAAAUUGGCCAUGAAAAAUGGUCAAGGUACUCUACCAUGACAUCAAACAUAGCUGAGGCACUGAACUCAGCAAAUUUAGCAGCAAGGGAAACACCAGUCACAACAUUAAUGGAGUGCUUGAGGGCACAAAUGCAAGAGUGGACAUACAAUAAUAGAAAGGAGGCACAAAAAUGCACAACAAGGCUGACACCAUCAUCUGAGAAAAAACUCAUAGGGAACUAUGUACAGUCAUUGCGACUAACAGUGAAACCAGCAAACCAAAACCUGUUUGAGGUGAUAGAUGAAGACAGAACAAGAAUAGUAAACUUGAAGGAGAAGACGUGCACAUGCAAUAGAUUUCAAAAAGAUGAAAUGCCAUGUAACCAUGCAGUCGCCGUCAUGAAGGACUUGAACAUAAACACAUACAACUACUGUGCACAAUACUACACAUCAAAAGCAUGGCUGCAAACAUAUGAAGAAACAGUAUACCCAGUUGGAAACGUAAGAGAAUGGGAACUUCCAGAAUUUUUUGAAGACAUCAUAGUGUUGCCUCCAAAGGAGAGAAUCAAGUCUGGAAGGCCGAGGAAAAGAAGAAUGGCAGCAGCUUGGGAAACAAAGAAACAAAACAAGUGUGGCAAGUGUGGACAAAAGGGACAUAACAAAAAGACCUGCAGGAGAAAUACAGCAUAG